GCUCAUUCCUGUUUAUUUCGUCAGCGUGAUGUUUCACCUCGUUUCAUCCACUCAUGUAAUAUUUUUUCAAGUUAACAUGAUAACACUAGUUGAUUACCUGAUUUUAGUACAGUUUUUGCAUGAUAUUUAAACGUUUUACAGUGCAAAUGAAUAAUUGUACAGACUUAUAAUACCUACCUGAGUUUCUCCGCUCAAAACAUUUGACAAUCGAACCUUGAUGAGUGGUCUUGAGAAAGUGACGAACGUUUUCUAUUACUUUUGUACGGAGUUGUAUAUAUAUAUAUAUAAAUAUAUAUUUAUCAAACUGAGGUCUUUUGAGUAUUGUGAUUAGUGGAUAAUAUUCAUAUAAAUAUGCAGCAAUGAGAUAUAACAUUGAGAAUAUUCCUGGAUCAUCUAGUAUAAGGACUAAUUCUGUGACUGAUAGUUAUGAGCACAUGGAUACGAACCAAAGUGAUAAUAACGCACUGAUACCUAGUAAUAAUUUAGAUGAUUCUAUGCAAAAUGAGGGUAUUGAAGACUCCUCGGACACUACUGGUGAAAUUAACCAAUAUAAUAUCAAUGAACCAGAUAACACUAUCAUAGCAUCAAGCCAUGAAAGUGAUGCAUUAUCACCAGAGGCACAAUUGAACGAAACAAUAAGUUUAGCCCAAACAAGUGAUUUGGAAUCAAAUUCAAUGCUUUUAGUGCAAAACUCACCUGAAGGUCCCUAUGUUGGUGUAUCAACUAGCAAGGGAUGCUCAAAUGGAAUAGAAAAUAACUGUACUGAGGAAACAGAAAAUAACAGGGCAGCAUGCAUUGUACCAGACUUUAAAACACAUAAAGUAGAUGAAGCACAGGAGGUGCCAGAUAUGAAAUCCCAUGAAAAUAAGAUAACCUUAUGGGAAAACAACAUACAGCGUAUCCCGAGUGAUGUGUGGGAUAGUUUUUCCAAACCAUCAACAUCAAAAGAAGAGCAAACUGCAAAUUUUCAAGUGCCCAAACCGGGUACACCAGUUUCACCAAAAAUGGUGAAAAAAGCAGGACCUUAUUUAUUAGGCCCAUUGAUUGGUACUUCUCCGGUAAAAAGUAUUGUACAGUGCCUAGCCAGAAAGGCUGGUACAGAUAAGUUCUACACUAUAAAAAUUUUAACAUUCAAAGAUGAUAAUGAAUAUGAGACACAAGAUGAUAGACAAGGAAAGAUGUUGUUACAUGCAGAGUAUUCUGUAUUGAGCCUAUUACAAACACAGGACGGCGUUAUUCAUCACCAUGGAUUUUUCAAAGACUGUGCAUUAGAGGAGAAAAACAGCGUAUCUGGUGUUGUUUAUACUGGAAGAAUUAAGAGACGCCUAUGCCUAGUACUCGAUUGCCUAACUGCUCAUGAUUUCAAUCCACGAAACGAUGAAUUACUUAACUUACAACAUCAUGUUAUUAGAGAGAAAAAAUUAUCAGAAAAAGAGACUUUAUUAAUAUUCACCGAUACCGUAAGGAUUGUAGCAUGCUUGCAUAAGAGAAAUAUUGUUCACAGAGACUUGAAAUUAGGAAAUUUGGUUUUAAACCGUAGAACAAGAAAAGUCACAAUUACAAAUUUUUGUUUGGGAAAACACUUGGCUAGUGAAACUGAUUUAUUAAAAGAUCAACGUGGAUCCCCUGCAUACAUUUCACCUGAUGUAUUGUGCGGCAAACCUUAUUUAGGAAAACCAUCUGAUAUGUGGGCAUUAGGCGUUGUACUAUUUACUAUGCUGUAUGGUCAAUUCCCAUUUUAUGAUAGCAGUCCUACACAGCUUUUCAAUAAAAUAAAAGCCACAAAUUAUCAUAUACCAAACGAUGGUCGAGUAUCGGAAGGGACUACAUCCCUGAUACGGAAUCUCCUAGUCCUAGAACCAAGUCGCCGUUUAACAGCGGUUGAAGUCCUUGACUCGUUAUCUGCCAUAAUCGCAACAUUCAAAGUUCCUACAAUCAUUGGCGAAGAGGAACAAAUCGUUCCCGACAUUGAUCAAUUUAAAGAGGAAUGCUGUGAUAAUAAGAAGGUCGAUAAAAAGGAGGACGAGAAAAAGAUAGGAAAAUUCUCUGGGGAUUUCUUCAAACAAGUUACACUUCAGGAACAAAUGCAGCAAAUACUGAAGCAACAACAAAGUCCACUCGUAACACCACCGAGACUUUACGGUCAAAUACCUGUUCAUAGAGUAGAUUCUGAUCCUAGAGAAUUAACGGCAGCAGAAUUAGAUAGAUUUAAACAUCUGAUACCACGAGAUGUUCAGAGACAACAGGGUCAUUCUCAUAAUAGAAGUGAUGGUAUUUUAUUACGUGUACGAGGAGCUUCUAGAAAUCGGCAAACAGCGGCUAACCAUGCCUCACAAUCGAGGAGUGAUCGAAUUGGAGAACCUAAUACUCUUCCUAAUGCCUUAAGUGAUCCUCCCUCAUUUCCUGAUGAUACGAUUGGGCAUGUACAGCCACAGGGCAUAUCAAAUCCAACAACAUCGAGCACUCCAAACGCUAAUGGUCCUUUAAAUAAUUCUUCUGUUGCAAGAACCGAUAUCUAUAACAUUGAUAUAGCUGCGCGAUCUGCUAGAUCGCUUAGAGAGCUGUUUGAAAACAGUAGAUCACGAUUACUGAGACUUAGUAGAAGCCUCAAUGCCACAGAGAGCCCUUUGAGUAGAAGAAUGUUUUCGGGGAACAGUUCAACGCAUGCAUUGACAAUGCAUCAAGCCAUCGCUCCAGUCAAUCAGAAUAGAGGAGCGAAUCCAAACGUAGUAGAAGGAAAUAUACAUUCUAUAGAAGCUCAUCAGCCAUUGGCCACUGAAUUAUCACAAAAUAGACUGUUGGGUGCAGUAGCACAAGUUGUAAGAAAUUCAGAAUCACAAAAUAGGCCAAAUUUUAUGACUGCAAUGCAAUCACGCUCAUCAUUAUCAACGGGAAGCAACACCAGAGCUCCUACAGAUAUAAACAGACCCUCUGGAGAGUUAAACAGAUCGGUACCUGAUCUUACACAACAAAGUCAACAGAAUCGGUUCAGGGAGGCCAUAGUGGAUAGGCUGAUUUCAUUUAGAAUCAGAAUGCAGCAAAACAGAAUGGAUAACAUCGAAAGGGAAUUAAAUGUUCAAAAUGGUUUAGCUAGUCUCAUGUCGAACACAACCGGACUAAGUGAACGUCGCAGGGAAAUUCUAUCUCGUAGAUCAACUCUUGCACAUAAUAGACACACACCCUAUUCCACAAAUAUUAGACAUUCGUCCGUGCAUAGAAGCAGUUCUAAUCUUACCGAAGUUAGACGCACAAAUUCUGAUUCAAACCUAAGCAGAGCUAUCGAAUCCGUAAUGAAUGCUUUAAAUGGAGACAAUAGGCACUCCAGGUACAGCACUGAACGAAAUUCAUCACUUCGACCGACCAGAACAAAUCACCCUGAAAAUAUUACUGCUGAUGAUUCCAAUUUGGUUACUAGUAAUGAGCAUGAUACUAAUUCGGGAAAUUUAGUGAAUACUUUACAAUCUCAAGUAACAGGACAAUCGGAAGCGAUGUCAGCACUAGCUAGAGAUUCCGCAUUGAUUAAUGCUAGUCCUGCUGAUCGAAAUUCAAUUUUGUUUCAACGGAGUGCUAGACUUCAAUUGGCAUCUCGGUCACAACGAAACGCGAAUGCUGCAUUAAGAAACCGAUUUGAGAAUGAUGGCAGGAGAUAGUAACUCUUGAUCGAUUCAUUAAUCUCGAUACAAGUGUUAUUAUGCUUAAUAGGAAUUCCGAAUGUAAGUUGGCAAAGUCGUGUAAGACAUUGUACUUUAUUAUUACUAGAAAUUCCGUACAACACAUAUUAGCUUAUUUGUGCGAUUAUUUAAUACAAGUAAUGAGUGAAUGCAAAACUUGCUGUAAACAUGUCAUAUCUACAAAAGAUUUACUUCUGAUGUUACAAUUUCCAUCUAUUGUGUUUAGCAUAGUAUAACUUGGCAUUGAAUUUGUAUAUAACUUGCUUCUUCAUAACGUGCAAUUUAACGUAACCGUACAAUGUUUCAUGUUGCAGAAUCUUGAACUUUGCACAUUUUUAUUUGAAUGUGAAAAUUGAUAGAUAUUAAGAACGUAUGGAAGUGAUUUUGUCUAAGUUUUAAUAGCAGCGCAUUCGUUAUAAAAUUACUUUGGGGUAUGUUAAAUUUUAAUUGUUUUAAUGAUCGUUUAUCAUAUUAAUAAUAGUCUUAUUUAUUUGUAUGUCACUCUUCAUGAAUUUUGUUAUGUACCUUAACUUUUUUAAGAUGCGAAUAUUUUAGGAACAAUUUGUGUUCCUUAAACUUUAUGUUGAAUUCCUGCCUCUGGCAAAAGAAAAAUAUAUAAAUUGUGAUGUAUAAAACGACACAAAUUACCUUGGUAAAGUAUAAACGAUAAUAAAAAAUUUAAACAAAAUAUAAUAAAACGAUUUAUGAUUUACCACA